ACGUCAGCGGUGUCGCGAGCGCGCAAGGUGUGCUGAGUGGAGUCUGAAGGAAACUUGUCCGGGAGUGCAGAAAGUUUUAAAAAGAUCCUAACAGUCACUCAUUAAGUCGUUUCUGACAGACGGUUACGUCUUUGGCUUUGUUUCCGGGAAGUAAGCAUGUCUUAAAGAAGGUUUCGCACCUGUGCAUGGGAUUUUGCCUCAGAGAGAAGAGCGUGCGCUUGAUGGAGUCCGGCGCGUGCGAUGAAGAGAGUCUCCGCGCGCUCUUCCGCGCGUGCGAUGUCGACAAUUCGGGCGUCAUUGAGAAAUGGGAGUUUGAGCAGAUGUGCUCGGAGCUCCGCGUGCGACCGGCGGAUAUCGACGACAUAUUCACCAAGCUGGACACGAACGAGGACGGAGCGAUAAACAUGGACGAGUUUAUCCGCGGAUUUCAGACCGCGUCCAGCCUGUCGAGUGAAGAGAGAGAGCUGAGCGAGCGGGUGAACAGUGCAGAGGACUUCGCACUGGCCUGGGAGGACUUCACGAGCCGGCUCGGGGAACAGAGCAAGCUAAUCCCGCGAAUUGAUCAGGUUUCGACUCUGUACCAGAACAUCAGUCUGACCGAGACCAGGAUGAUUCCUCAGUAUGAGAAAGUCCUUCUAAACUUCAUCAGGGAGAUCAAACUCCAGAGUAAAGAGAUGGAGCGUCUGGCACUGGCUGCCAAAAGGGCUCAGGACCAGAGUGCCAUUCAGCUGAGUGCGAUGGAGGAGGAGAUGGACCAGCGUAUUCACAUAACUGAGAGAAACACACGCAUGGAGGAGUCUAAGAAGGCAGAGGCAGCACUGAGCAUUAUGAAAGAGCAGCACGAAUCUCAGCUGAGUGAGUUACGGCAGAAGGUCCUCACCCUGCAGAUGUUUGAAGACCAGAACAAGAGCACCAGCCUCAAAGAAGAAAACAUAGCACUGAAGCGAAAGAAUAAUGAGCUGACCCUGCAAAACCAGAAGCUAAAGCAGGAACUGCUGGAGUCACACACCAACAUAGCGUUUCUGCAGAGUGAGCUGGACUCCCUCAAGAGUGAUCUCACUGACCAGAGCAUCAAUCUUGAGCGAGAUGAAGCCCUAAUGAGGUCUUUUUCUGAGGAGAGGGACAACCUGGAGAGGCAGAUUGAGAUGCUUCAGUUAGCAAACAGGAAGCUUCACGACACCAACGAUGGUCUACGUAUGACUCUGGAGAACAGCCAGAGCAAAAACAAGAAUCAGAGAGGUAGUGGACUGUCUCCUGCAGGUACCAUCGAUAGGACAAAGAGCAUGUGCACCCCAUAUUUUGAAAGGUGCUGUAAGGUCUACACAGAUGAUGAUUACGAGCAGCUGCAGAUAGCGGAGUGCCUGCGAACGCAGAACAGUGAGUCUUUGGCUCUGGCGCUGUGUGAUCCCAUGCGCAGACGUAGCAGCUGUGAGGUGGACAGUCUAGAUGAGAGCUGCGUGGACAGCGGCAUGUCCACUCUGCGCUCCAACAACGGCUACGACUCAGAGCAGGAGAGCAUUGUUCGAAGCGCAGUUUGCAUGACUGCCUUCAGCUGCUCAGGAGACACCUCAGACACGGAGGUGCCAGAAGUACGAGAUGAGACAGGGUGCGAAUCAGACAGCGAGUCUGUCCUGAACAUGACUUCAAAUCCAGUCGACACAAAAGACAUCACUGCUUCAGGGAAGAAAUGUCUUUCACCCAUCUUCAGUGAGAAACUGAAGGGUGAGAGAGCAGUGAUGGCUCAGGCAUCUGACAAAACGUACAAGAUUGUGUUAGCAGGUGAUGCGGCAGUGGGCAAGUCCAGCUUCCUCCUACGCCUCUGUAAAAACGAGUUUAAGGGUGUCACCAGCACCACUCUGGGAGUUGAUUUCCAAAUGAAGACUCUUGUGGUAGAUGGAGUGCCGACGGUGCUGCAGCUUUGGGAUACAGCAGGUCAGGAAAGGUUCAAAAGCAUUGCAAAAUCCUACUUCAGACGGGCCGAUGGCGUUCUCCUGCUCUAUGAUGUAACCUGUGAAAAGAGUUUUCUAAAUGUGAGAGAAUGGGUCGACACCAUAGAGGAUGUGUCCCAGUAUAAAAUCCCCAUUAUGCUGGUAGGGAAUAAGACAGAUCUGCGGCAGCAGGCUCUUCAAAGUGGUGUCAAAUGCAUCUCAACAAGCUGCGGAGAGAAACUGGCCAGGACUUACAGCUCCCUCUUCUGUGAGACAAGUGCAAAGGAUGGUUCAAACAUCAUCGAGGCAGUGCUCCAUUUAGCACGAGAGGUUAUCAAACAUGCACAUGAACGCAAGGACACAACAUUGGGGCCAAACCUCUCUGGGAGCCCCAACACAAAGAUCACCAGCUGCUGCAGGGCCUAAUGCAUGUUCUUUAUCAUACUAAACACACCUGCAGUGUGUGUUAUAAUACUUGUUUCAGAAAGAUGCCACCUGUGUAUUGGACUGUAUGAGGCCUUACAUUUCUAUGCCUGUCUGUAUUGCAGCCUACCUCUGAUUGCGCAGCUCGAACUUUACUUUAAAGAGUUUCAUGUUUUACACAUAGGGUGCUGCAUAUAGGAUAUUCACUCUGUUCCGUCAUACCCGGAGAAGUGCACUAUACAGUGAGUAGGGAUGCAAAUAGAGUUUGUAAGAGUUCAGUGAGGGUUUUCUCAUGGUGGUAGACUAAGGCCCUGAUAUUAAGAUCCCAGAUAAAUCAUUUACAUGUGCAGUGAACUAGUAGGCAUGUUGUGAGUUAUUUACAAAAAUAAUUUUGUGAAUAACAUCAUGUGCAAAGUAGGGGUAGAAAUUACCAUUUUUACAUAUGGAGUUUAUUUUCAGUAACUACAGCAAUUUCAGAUUUCAGACACCCAGAAGAGUGAAACUGAAACUCAAGUAUAACAGCGAAUAAAGGUGGAAAACUGUUCAAAAUACAAUAUGAGCAUUAAAAAAAGUGUAUAGAAAUAAGAGUGUUCUAUAAUUGAGGUAAAUGUAAAGGCUAGGUUUAAAUGCUGUCAGCAUCUGUGAUGUGAACAGGGGGUGAAUAUCUAAUCUAAAACCAACUUCACCAUGACAAUAAUAUCUCAUCUGAGAAACUUUCUGAUUGUUUGGAGACAUCAACUCUAUACCAUUUAGUUAACUAGGUGUCAUUUUGUCUUCACUAAUGGAAACAGGCUUACACAAAAUUUAACACUUGCCCUACGGUUGUACUGAUUUGCUCACGCAGUUACUGUCCUUGAAGUGACUUUCAUGUUUAGUCAUUCACAUUGCAAGUUCAAAAAGAUUUAAUCUGCAUAAACACUACACUGUAUUUUCCACCUUAGAAUAAAAACGUCCCAAAUUCGAUGUUCAUUAAUGCAAGCACACCAAACAGACACAAGCUAUUUUGCACAUAUGAAAGACGCAAUCCUUCCUUGACAUGUUAGUAAAUCAGAUGUUAGUAAAAAUUGCAAACCUUUAAUAAGUUAGUGCCUUAUGGCCUAAAUCAUGCCUGAAGUAGAAUAGCUAGGAGUAAAAGUUGUAUUUAUGAUAAUUAACUCUAAUCAUUAUAUGAAAUGAUAGUAGAAUUUCUGUUUGUUAUUCAGUAAAAUGUAGCAUGCAUAUAUUCUAUAUUAUGCAUUUAUAUGAAAUGGUUUCUCAGACUCAAUUUAAGCAACAUGAAUUUAGCUUACCUGAAGGGUUUAGAAUUCUGUUUUGUUGUUUAACUGAAAAACUACUUUAUUCAAGCAUUACAAAGUACAACUUUCAUUAUUACAAUUUAUUUAGCUAGGACAGUGAAAUAACCUGACAGUCAUUACUUACAUAUUUUUGAACAUUUCCUUUAUAUAAUGUUCUGAUUGAAACAAUGUUUGCAUGUAAUCUUGAUUUACUGAUAUAGUAGCUAACUAUGGCUACAGUUUUAGAACAAAGUUCAGGACAUUUCAAUAUGAUAUUGUUUUUCAUACAAACCAACCAAAUCCCAUCACUGACACACCUGUGGUACUACCACAUGAACAAGUAGCAACACUACAAUGUAAUGAGCAAGUUUUCUUAGCGAUUUCAGCUCCAGAUCUAAAUUUUAUUUUAGGAGAUUCAAACUAGCUACAUCAAUUCAAACUAGCUACAUUCUACAAAUUACAGACCACACGAAUAUACAGAAAGUGGGAUAUAAUAUACCGGUAUGAUAAUAUAAUGUUAAAUAAACACUAUUUUCAGGCUCAGAGAACCUGUAAGAUUUUUAAAACAGGAUUCUUACUAAGAAUUAAUACACUAAAAAUCAGGGUAAAUGGAUUUUAUGUAUUGUAUUGAUAACCUGCUGAAGAUUUUCUGCAAUAUUCUAGCAGUUUUACUAACCAAAGAACGGCCACUGCGCAUUCAAAGCAACUGUGAGAUGUUUUCCAUAAAACUUUUUAAACCAAGUGCCAGCAACUUGUUUAUUCAUCUGUACCAUCAUUAAAUUCAACUGCUUUGCUUAGAUUUUCUUGUAUAUUCUACAUAUUUAAUAUAUUGUGCAUCUUACUUGCAAUGAUCAACACACUGUUUUUUGUAACUUAUGUGUUAUGGAAUUCCUUUUAUGCUUAAUUGAAUAAAAUGUGAAAAAUUGCAUUAUUAAAUUAAGAUAAUUCAAAUGCUAUAAUGUUUUAUAAAUGUAAUCAUUUAUAUGUUUUCAAUUAUGUAGCCAUUUUCUAACUGAAUUAUUGUAUGAUUGUUUGAUUUCAAAUCCACUAUUUUCUAAAGUUGGUUUUUAUUUCAUUAAAUUGUAUUGCCUUUUACUGUUUUUAUUUCAUAAUGCUAAUUUUCAAGUGUAUUAUGAAACAGCUAGCUAGGUUGGUAAUAAUAGAACUGUCUAAUGUUAAAGUUUUACUCAGAAGCUAUUUGUUACUUAGUGAGCUACAAGUUAAAACUAUUGUUACCUUUUUUUUAAAUAAGUUAAUUAGCCACAAAUGCAUACAUAAAUUCCAUAAUGUGUAUGCUGCUGCUCAGGUUUACGUAUUUCUGUUGUGUCGCAGGGAUACCUACGCCGUAAUCAAAUAAGAAAUAUAUAUUAAAACAAGUGUAAUGUUUAAAUUUGGGAAUUUUAUUGUGGCAAUACUAACAUAUAAAACAAUCCAUAAUUGAACAUAGAAACAAUCAAAAUUGACAUUACAAACUUCAUAAGGCUUUGAGUCCCAGUGUUCCACAAACUGGGCAUUUUUUUAAAUCUUGGUAUUCCCAGAGUUGCAUUGUAGAACUGACAAAGACCAAAGUAAAAAUGUGGAAAAGUGUGUUGUUAGCCAUGCAAAGAAAAAUUGUCUGUUCAAACGCAUCUGGCAAAUUAGGGAAAAUAAGAAAGCAAUUCUUACUGAAACAAACAAAAAAUUGCAUAUACCAACACAGUAAAGAUGUUUUCGAAAGUUGCAUAUUUUCAUUUUAUCACACUCUGUGAUUUAUGAAUGACUGAAAGGGAAAUGUGUUGCUUUACUUGCAAGGCCAAUUAGUCUAUUUGUUUGACCUGCAUCAUUGUAACAGUGACACAAAUGAAGAAU